AUGAUCAUAAUGAGGACCAGGGCGGCCCUGGAUUGGAUGCCGCAGAGGCCGGCGAUCGCCGAACAGGGUUUUCAAUUCCUGUCGGACGUGUCUCCGAGGCCGCGGAACAUUGUCCACAGCCAUAGAGAGGACGCAAGCCAAAAGGAUGAUGCCAAAGAGGGGUGCUCGACCUCCGGAUCCCAACCCGAAGCCAAGCUGACGCCCUGCAGCGCGUGUCACGAUGCCACGCGCCAAGGGCUGUCACGUUCUGACCAUCUUCAGGCAGCAAACAGGAGGGAUCGUGCGCAGUUGGAGCAACUGCAGAACCAGCUCCAAGAACUUGCAUUCAAUUCAACAGAAUCUGAGGAAUCACCACAUGCUUUGAGGGAGCACAGUUUGGAAGAUGAGGAUGCUGCGAAUGAUGGCCGAGAUGCUGCACAGGGUGCCUCGCACCCUGCAAGGGAGUCAUCAAGAAAGGUGCAUGGCAGGCCAAAGUGGGGGAUCUUGUCCAAGCUUCGGGCCUUGGUGGGCAAAGGCCAUGGCCCCUCGAGUGAUGAUGUGGUUGUGGCACAUAAGAGUCUGCCGGUGUGGGGUCAAAAGUUGGCAAAAGGCAAAGUGGAGGAACUGAACGAUGAAGUUGAAGAGCUUAUUAAAGAAGUGGGAUUUGACCCGACAAAGUACUUCAACAGGUCUCUUGGUGAUUUCGACUCACCUGCAGACUUCUACGAGGACCUGAGUGACAGAUUGGAAGGAGAUGCACAAGAUGUGGACAUCACAGAAUAUUUGGCCGACAGACUGGGAGACGAACAUCCACUGGUGGUAGAGCUGCGAAGAAGGGAGGCACUUGAGGAUGUCGAUUUAUUAGAUGAUUUCAUCAAGGACCAGUUGGGCCCAGAGAAGGCAGCAGUCGUCUACGAGAAGGUGCCAGAUGAGUUCCAUGUGCCGCUGGAGUACUACAAAGAGCUGCAGGCACGGGGGAAGGCAGGUGGCUUUGAUCUGGUUCCAGCAAUCGAGGCGAAGCUUGGAAAGGCGCAUCCGCUUCCGUUGGCACUACGUGGUGAUGCCAGCGCUGCCAGAGCCAGGUGGCCACCAUUGAAGAAGGCCCUAUUUUCCAAGCCGACAGUCUCUCCUGAUGAGGUUCGGUUAAGGUAUCAACAACUGGGGAGCAGUGACACAGGUGCUUGUACCACCAUAUUGGGUCCAUUCCCUGCACCUUUCAGGGAUGACACUAUUGCACCAUCGAAGGUGUUUAGUGCAGCAAUAUGCAGUUCUGCCACGAUGAAGGAGGAAGCAAGUGUCGCACAGCCACCCAAGGACGCAGACAUUGAGGCACCACCAGCUGCAAUGGCCUCCCAGGGGAUUAAUGCCACACUGGAUGCCAAAGAGGUUGCUCCACAUUUCAUGGGGGACUUACCAUGUGGGGCAAAGGCCCCACUGAAUGCUGCAGGGGCUGGUCCAGAUGCUGCACAGGGUACCCCGUAUGUUGCAAGGAAAUCACAAAGAGCUGCCAAGGGCUCAUCAAUGCUGGGGUGCUUGUUUAAGUGCCUCCCCACGGGCAGGUGUGGCCAGAAGCCACAGUCAAGAGUUGUGCUCAGAAAUGGCAAUUGA